AUGAGUAUCCAAGCAGAUGCACUUUCGUCCAUUUGCGAGAUUGAUAUCGAUACGAUGGAUAGCUCAUAUGCCAAUCGUAUCAAUGGAAAACCAUGUGAUAUGACAUCCAAUCAGUUCUUAAUGGCAGCCAUGUUAUGCGAUGAGGCAAAUAAAGAUAUUGUAGAUGGCGUCAUUGCAGAAUUAGGUAAACAAGGAUGGAAAGUCGUAUUUUGCAGAAUUGCAGCUUUGUUCUGUAAACGUACUUUACCUUUCAUUCGUGGUAGAGUCUUGGUUCAAGUCAGUCCAAGAGGUGCAUACGAUUAUGAAGAUACACUUUCAUGGGCGAGAGAAUAUGCAAAAGCAUUCGAACAUGUUGGGAUCAGUAAAGAUCGUUAUGCAAUCAAAAUUCCAACCACAGGUCCGGCUAUGAAUGCGGCAAAACAACUAGAAACUGAAGGGAUUGCAACAUUAGGAACAGCAAUGUUUAGUGUUACGCAAGCAGUUGCUGCCAGUCAGGCAAAUUGUUAUGCAAUAAGUCCAUACUACAACGAAAUCAAAGCACACGGUGAUCCAUCUUUACGCAUAAACGUGGAAGAUUUCUUAACCCAACAUCCAAUGUCCAACAGAAUUGCUCAAAUUCGUCAUGUUUAUAACAUUGAACGUGAACAAAACGGCAAAAAACAACCUCAAAUGAAACCUGCAAGCUUUGUUGUUUGGCAAGAAGCAAUGGCAUGUGCAAUGUUGGGAAGUGAAAAUGUUACUGCUUUACCACCAACUUUGGAUGAAUUAAUCACGAUUUCAUCUUCUGCUCUUCAACGUGAUCCUAAAGCUGAUAUUUCAAAAGAAGUGGAAGUUUUACUGAAUAAUGAUCCAUUGACAGGAUCAACUUCUUUCACUAAAGCAGAUUUGCCAACGUACAAGACGGACUAUUUGACGAACAAUGGGGCUGCCCUCGAUGCUGCAAAUGAGGCAGAUCCCGUUACCAAACAAAGAUUGUUUGAUGCCUUGGAAUUGUUCUGCUCUUUUGAAGAUCAAUGCAAGACGUUCAUCGAAGAGAAGUUGGUUGCUGUUUAAGAACACUGAUCAUCACUGUAUACUGCUCAUAAAUGCUAGGAAAUGACAUGAAAUAAUAAGAGAUUUGCAU